CAGCAGGCGUUUUCGUCUAGCCUCUGUACGCUUUGACGGCGUGCGCAUGGAGUGACUGACAGACCCAGCUCAUUCAAGGAACGUAAUCUGUGUUUUUGAGACACAGUGACAUUGUUAGCCAACAUCGGAUAUCUUCUGCCAUCAUGCCGGAUGACAGCAGCCACAAACCUACUAUGGUCACAUGUACGGCACCUGUGAACAUCGCCGUAAUUAAAUAUUGGGGCAAGAGGGAUAAGGAUCUUAUUCUGCCAGUGAACUCUUCGCUCAGCGUCACUCUUCACCAAGACCAGCUCAAAACCACAACUACCGUUGCAUACUGCAGAGACUUUGAAGAGGAUCGCAUUUGGCUAAAUGGCAAAGAGGAAGAUAUCAACCAGCCUAGACUCCAGUCGUGUCUCAGAGAAAUACGAAGGCUGGCCCGGAAGAGACGAAGCAACAAGGAUUCUACUAGUGAUAUGUCUGCAUUAUCUUACAAAGUCCAUAUCUGUUCCAGUAAUAACUUCCCCACAGCGGCUGGUCUGGCAUCAUCUGCUGCUGGCUAUGCCUGUCUAGUGUACACAUUGGCACGGUUAUUUGGAGUAGAGGGAGAGUUGUCCUGCGUGGCCAGGCAGGGCUCGGGCAGUGCUUGCAGGAGCAUGUACGGAGGCUUUGUCCAGUGGAAGAUGGGUGAGAAGGACGAUGGGAAGGACAGCCUGGCGGAGCAGGUGGAGACCGAGACCCACUGGCCUGAACUUAGAGUGCUGGUCUUGGUGGUGAGUGCGGAGAGGAAGCCUGUCGGGAGCACCUCAGGCAUGCAAACAAGUGUGGAGACAAGCAAGCUUUUAAAGUAUCGGGCAGACAGUGUUGUGCCUGGGAGGAUGGAUGAAAUGAUCAGUGCCAUCAAGAGGAAGGACUUUGCUGCUUUUGCAGAACUGACCAUGAAGGACAGCAACCAGUUCCACGCCACCUGCCUUGACACGUAUCCCCCUAUUUUCUACCUCAACGACGUGUCCCGAAGAGUCAUUAACCUUGUCCACCGCUACAAUAGCCAUUAUGGAGAGACAAGGGUGGCGUACACAUUUGAUGCAGGCCCAAAUGCAGUCAUCUACACCUUGCAGGAUCAUGCAUCAGAAUUUGUUCAAGUGGUCCGUCACUUCUUCCCAGCGGAGACCAAUGGUGGACAGUUUCUCAAAGGCCUCCCAGUAGCUUCCACCACAGUCUCAGAUGAACUGAAGAAUGCCAUUGGGAUGGAGCCCCUGCCCAAAGGAAUCAGCUACAUCAUCAACACAAAGGCUGGCCCUGGACCACGCAUUGAGGAAGACUCAGAUCUUCAUCUGCUGGGCUCGGAUGGCCUGCCUAAGAACACUGUCUAAGUUAGAAAGCCUACAGUAUGACUUAGUAUGGCAAUACUGCCGCUGCAAUUGAAUUAGUGUUAAAACCACAACACAACAAGCUAUUGCAAUACAUCUGUCUUGUAUAAAUGAACAUUCUAUUCUAUAUAAUUUGUCAGCAUUCACUCUAAAGCUAACUUCACGACUCUCAAUCAUUAGAUCGCUGCACAGAGGUUGACCAAAUUCUGUGUUGAGCUUGUAAUGAGCUUUCCCAUAUUUGUAGUUCACAUUCCUAUGAUGUCUUUGUGAUGUCACAGUGCUGUGCAAAUGUCUUUGCCACCUUACAUGUUUUGCUUCAGCAAUGCCAUAAGGACAUUACAUGUUUUUUAUUCUCACUCUCUUUACUAAAAUAUAACAAGACUCAGGCAAUAUGUAGACCGUAUUUAAAAACACAAACACAAACCAUUGGAUUUGUUGAUUUAGUGGAGUUCUAUUGAUCAGUCAUGCAAGGGAGAAGCUGUUGACAUUCCCCACACACGCCACUGACAGAAGUUGCUGGUAGAUUCAGAAGUUGCUGGUAGAUUCAGCUGUGAUGGCGGCAGAGGUGUAAAAGUCCUGCUUCAGAAAGUCCUGCCACAUCACUCCAGCCAUUCACUAAACCAGCUGACCAACCACUCCUCAGUCAGGUAGAUGAGCUGAUUGGUGAAAUCCCCUGCAUUGAGUACACAGGUAGAACCAAUACAUGGUAGGACUUUUACUCUCUGAAGCCAGACUUUUACACUUCUGCAUGGGGGUCUCAAGACCAGCUGCUGACCCAAAAGCUGACCCUGCAGUGUCAGGUGACCAUCUCAGUAGGGCGCAAUGAGGAGGGGCCACCUGACACAUACUGUACAUCACGGUGACUCAUACUGUACAUCACGGUGACUCAUACUGUACAUCACGGUGACACAUACUGUACAUCACGGUGACACAUACUGUACAUCACGGUGACUCAUACUGUAC